AUGCCUGCUUUUUUGGGCGGCCCUUUUCUGCGUGAAAGAAAAGCUUCCCAACGUGCUUUCGACGUUUCUCCCCGAGGUAAAGGCCAUCUCAUUGAGCAUGUAAUGGUCUGACCCCAGUGUUCUUUCAAUAACGGCGCUUAGCGUAAACAUAAUAGUUGAAUUCGAAAAAAAAAAGAAUUCUGGGUUUCGCAUUACGUAAAGAUCUAUGGACAUGAAGUGCAAUCGUUCUGGGUGCAAUGUUGUCUUCGCACCAAUGGGAAGGCCACAUGCCAUUCGCAAACAAUUGAUUUUUAUUUUCGCCAUUUAGGCCGUUAAAAGCGAGGGUCAUGACAUUACUACCUAUUUGUUCAAUGUGGAGGAAAAGGUGCCCAGUUCAAACAAACCAGCUCCUCCCAAGGAAGAUACAGAAGAAAGUCAACUGAAAAUUGUUGAGGAAAAUAACGAGACCCAUCGGAAACCAGAAGAUCAGGAUGAUGAUAUUCAAAUUGUUGAAGAAGUUAAUCAGAAGCCAAAGGAACAAAGUAAAGGAAUUGAAGAAAUUCAAGAGGAAAAGAAGGGAACGGAAGAACCACAGGAACAAAAGGCACAAGAAUCAGAGUCUCCGAUGAAAGACGAAGGGCCUCUUACUAUCGAUGAUGAUGAAGUGGACUAUGAAGAACACGAAGAACCUGAAAUUGUCGACAAAGAAACUGUUGAGGCCAAAGAAGCGUCAAAGGAAGAUGAAUCUCAAAAAGAUCAGCCUGAAAGUGGAGACAGCGCUGAUUCCAAACUCGUUAAUUCUCGGAAUGUGGAGUCAUCUAACGCAAAUGGCAACAAUGAGAACGGGGAAGAUGAACAAGACUGCAAUCUUUGGAUAUCCAACAUCCCCAACACCACCAAAGCGUCGGAUCUCAAGGUAGUUUUUAGAUACGGGAGGUUAAGUUUAUCUGGUUCAGGGUCUCUUCCUCGACUACGGAAAAGUUACCACGGCCAAGAUCUUCACAACUAGAAAUAACACUUCUCCCGCUUGCUUUGGAUCAGUUACUAUGGCUGAUCCCAAUUCUGCCAUUGCAGCCCAAAAAGGAGUUAACAGGAUCAAUUGGAAGGGAAGAAUCAUCUCCGUUGAAUUGGUCACUAACAAACAAGCGACCCGAGUCCCGGACAGGAAGCCAAUCGAACCGCCAUCCAAGUCCCCGCCAAAGGAUAUUCGGGAUGAUAAGGGCAAGGAAAAGGCCCAGACAGUAUCCAAAAACGACUCCAAAGAGGUCAAACGAGCCGAGAUCAAGCCUCCAGGAUCUAAGAGGGCCGAGAUCAAGCCUCCUGAAAAGAGUCCACCCAAGGGUACAGCCCCUUGCCCAGUUUGUCUAAUCGUAUUUUAGGUGAUUCCAAGCCCCGUCGCAUCUCCGAAACGAAACCUGUAAAGCACGAAUCCCGCCGCUCUCCGCCCCGCAGCAAUCUCCGCCCUCGUGGAGGAAAGUCGGCGCCCUCAAGGAAAGACGAGAGGUCCAACAAUUACCGACACGGCGACAGAUAUGAUCGACGACAGGAACAACCUCAUGGAUACUCCCAGCGUGUUCACGAGGAUCGCCGUUAUCGAGAACAUGUGGGAUAUGAGGAUCCUCGUGCCCGUUAUGGAUACGAAGAGCCCAGGCCCAGAGUAUUUGAAAGUGAAGAAGUGCGACGUCUUCUACAUGAACGAGAAGUACAGCAUAAGAAAAGGGAGCUUGAAUUGGAGAAGGAAAGAGCUAGAGCUCAGAUUCAACUGGAAAGAGAGCGACUGGAGAAGGAACGGCUCGCCGUGGAACAACUCAAACUCCAAGUCCAGCUCCAGGCCCAGCAACAAGCUGUUGCCCAAAACUUUGGGCAAUUCGUUCCGAGCCUGGAUAGUAAAACUGCUAAGAAAGAUAUUAACUCAUCGCGGCCUCGCAGGGAGGACACGCGUUUUGCUGGAAGGUAUCUCCGUCUGUGUCAUUUAUUUUGUCAUAUUUCUUUGUUGAUAUCUCAAGUGAUAUUUUGUUUUUAGAAGACGUAGUCGGUCUCCACCUCGCCGUUCUCCCCCCAGAAGAAGAAAUGACAGCAGAAGAAGUCGAUCUCCACCGGCCAAGAGAAGAGAUGACAGGGAUAUCAAGGAGAAGUAUGACAAGUAUCCCCCUGUCAAGAACAGUUCUUCCCGCGCCCUAUUAAAUCAUUCUUCUGGAUAUUCGGACAGAAGGAGAUCAUCACCGACUGCAAAUGUUCAUUCUGCUUCUGGACAUGAUGCUUGUGAGUUUAAUGGUACUAUUAGAGUUACUCUGUGAUCUUGUUUGUUUACUCAUUAAGAUUCUUUCAGAUGGUAUGUCCAGUUCCUAUUCCACGACUAACUCAACGAAGAGGGCCGCGGAUACAACUACAAUCUACAAUGAGAAACUUGCUAACUUGGGCUCAGCUUUUGCUGGGGGUGUUCCCCAACAAACUUCUUACUCUUACCAGCGAUCUGCUGCUACUGCGCCGACUGCCUACAAUAGCCGAGAUCAGUAUUAUGAUACUGGAGUCCCUUAUCAAGGCACGGUCCAUCAAUUCGAAGCUCCAGAGACCUCUAGUUACGAGACCCAGUUGCCAGGAGCAUGGUCCCGACAUCGCACUGAAUGGGAGUACCCAGCUGCAGCCAACAAUACAGCCGAGUACAAGUCCUACUCUCGACAAUAUUAA